AUGCAGUUCUUGCGCAUCGAAUACGAUCUUGCGACGGGCAUCAUACACGACCCACAGACACAUGUCCUCGGUACGCAGACCAUGGUCAACCAAACAUCGCGCGAGCAAGAGUUCCGCUUCGAGCUUGACGCGAGCAAGAUACACACGGGUACAUGGGAGUACUCUCAUGGUUUCCCCAUCAAAGCCACUGCCGCCUUCGAAACUGGCAUACCUAUGGUGCUAGAAGGGAAGAUAUCCAUGAUCGACGUCUCGCACAUGGAGAAGACAUGGAAGUUUGAUGGCCACAAACAUGCUUUCUCGUCCUCUAAGCUAUGGAAAGCUUCUCUACCCGUAAACGUCGCUCCAGGCGAAAGCGUUCGCGUCACGACGACCAUCGUUAGGGGGCAUCUCGAGGUUCCAUUUACUAUCGUAUUGCGCUCGAAGUCCACCGAUCUCCAGUUACUGCCAUCUGAAAUACGCCUGGCUCUCAUCAAGUAG